AUGGCAGGACAAGAGACAGAAGGCUCCGAGCCGCCCUCGCCACGAACUACCCGUCGACGACUUCCUUUGCACCGGAAUGCUUCCACCGGCGAACUGGACGAGCGAACUCCCCUACUCACAGCCUCAAGGUCGCGCAUUCGAAUUUCUCAACCGAGCUCGAGUCGCCAGCAAAAAGGGACCUUGUCGCGGGAUCACAGCUAUCUAGGUGCUUAUCAUGGUUCCCGAAAUCACAGCCGGCAUCCAUCAUGGAGUUCAAGAUUGGUUAAUGCCCUUUCGGACCGCCAUGAGUCUUCCAUGACCGAGUCUAAGGGCACCAUUUUCCCUGAUGAGCGCAUGUGGUACGAUCAGUUUACCAGCACCGACUGGGUGCACGACGCCAUCGCCGAUUCCUAUAGAGUCAAGCAGCUACGCAGUCGCAAGGACUUUUGGGGCAGAGUGCGCAUUAUCUUUGAUGGUGCUCAAGGAUGGAUUCUGAGUGCUCUGUGUGGCUUUAUAGUCGCAUUGAUGGCUUAUACAGUCGAUGUUGCUGAGUCUACUGUCUUUGAUUUCAAGGACGGUUACUGCAGCAGGGCUUGGUACCUCAACAGGAAGAGAUGCUGUCCAGAUGUGACCUGCGAUGACUGGACCACAUGGUCAUAUGCUUGGGAUACUCCCUUUGGAGACAUCUGGAGUAGCUUCGCGAUCUAUAUGGCCUUUGUUCUUGGUCUUGCUCUCAUCGCCUGCUGGAUGGCGCUAUGGACCAAGACUGUUGUUCCCUCAGCAUAUCAACUCACGACUCUGGACGAGAACCUUGCUGUAGACGACCUUCCCCAAACAUACGACGAUUCGAAUCCAAGCGAAGCCUCGACCCCUCAGCCGGAUGCUGAGCCGAAGCCGGAGAACCCGCCUAUGGUUUACUAUUCGGCAGCUGGCAGUGGUGUAGCUGAGGUUCGUGUCAUACUGAGUGGCUUCGUCCUGCACGGUUUCCUCGGUGCCAGAACUCUGAUUAUCAAGAUGGUGGCCUUGAUCCUGAGUGUCGCCUCUGGUAUGAGUCUCGGAAAAGAGGGACCGUAUGUUCACAUGGCCGCUUGUGUAGGAAACAUCCUUUGUCGAAUUUUCUCAAAAUACGAUCGUAACGAUGGAAAACGCCGAGAAAUCAUUUCCGCGGCGGCAGCGGCAGGAGUUGCCGUUGCCUUCGGUGCACCUCUAGGCGGAGUGCUGUUCGGCUUAGAAGAGGUUUCCUACUUCUUCCCAGCCAAGACAUUGUUCCGUACCUUCUUUUGCUGCAUUGUUGCGGCUCUCUCGCUCAAGUUCCUAAACCCCUACGGUACUCACAAGAUCGUCCUUUUCGAGGUUCGAUACGUGGUCGAUUGGGAAUAUUUCGAGCUCGUGACCUUCAUAUUUGUGGGAAUUAUUGGUGGCGCGCUGGGAGCUCUUUUCAUCAAGGCCUCCAAGUUUUGGGCCCAGUCAUUCAGAAGGAUCAAGGUGAUCAAGAAAUACCCACUACUGGAGGUGUUCCUUGUGGCAAUGGUAACAGGUAUGAUGAGCUACUGGAAUGCUCUGACGAAGCUUCCCGUUGCUGAGCUGCUCCUGAAUGUGGCUUCACCAUGUGAGGGCUCAAAUAUCGACUGGGAAGAAAGGGCCCUGUGCCCGGGAUCUAUAGAUGAAAUCCCCCCCAUUCUCUUUCACUUGUUUGUGGCCCUUCUGAUCAAGGGGUUCUUGACCGUUAUCACCUUUGGCAUCAAAGUUCCUGCUGGAAUCUACGUACCGUCCAUGGUCGUUGGAGGUCUGAUGGGCCGAAUAGUCGGGCACGUUGUGCAAUGGGCUGUACUACGAGUCCCACAUUGGGGUAUAUGGGGAGAUUGCGCUUUCAGCCGAGAUGGUUCGUGCAUCCAGCCUGGUGUGUACGGUCUCAUUGCAGCCGGUGCUACCAUGUGUGGCGUGACGAGACUGUCUGUCACACUCGCAGUCAUUCUGUUUGAGCUUACAGGCAGUCUCGAUUAUGUCUUGCCCUUCUCGCUCGCGAUUCUUGUAGCCAAAUGGACUGCUGAUGCUAUUGAGCCUAACAGCAUCUACGACCUUCUCACCAGCAUGAACUCGUACCCAUUCUUGGACAAUAAGCAUAAGCCCAUAUUUACGGAAGAUUUGGCAGAUAUUGUACCGCGGAUUCGACGAGAGCGCAUCAUUGAUAUCACAGACUCACCAGUAGUACCUGCUACAAGCCUGCGAGUCAAGCUUGAGCUUCUGCACAAAGCCGGUGAGCUCGAUGGAGGUUUGCCCAUCGUGCGGCACGGCAUCUUGGUUGGGCUGAUUCCUGCGCCGGAUCUUGGAUACGCUCUUGAUCAGCUGGAGGAUGAGGCAACGAACCUCUGUCUGAUGGAUCAAAUCCCCAGCAUUGACGAGGACGACGACUCGCACGACCCGACGGAUUUCACACCUUAUAUUGAUCCUGCACCCGUCGCCCUGGAUAUCAAAUCCCCAAUGGACUUGGUGUACGAGCUGUUCGCAAAGCUUGGACUGCGAUACAUCUGUAUUCUCAAAGAUGGCAAAUAUGCUGGAAUGACUCACAAGAAGACAUUUGUCAGGUACAUGCGAGAGCAGGAGAAGGAUCAUUAA